AUGAAGAAAUUAAAACAUUAUUACCACCAUCAACAACACCAACGAAAGUGCAUUGUCCCUGUAAUCACCAUCGCCUCCUUCGUCUCUCUCACCUUCCUCCUCCUCUUCGCCCUCACACUAACCUACCCCGACGCCACCCUCAUCUUCCCCUUCCCACUCUCCGCCGCCACCUCUCCCCCCUCCCACUUCGUCGAGUCCAAGCUCCGCCCUCUCCCUCUCCCUCCUCCCACCUCUCUCCCCCCCGUCCUCGCCUACCUCAUCUCCGCCUCCGCCGGCGACGCCCCCGCCCUCCUCCGCGCCCUCGCUGCCCUAUACCACCCACGCAAUCGCUACAUCCUCCACCUCGACCGCCAAUCCUCCCCCGAGGAACGGCAUCUCCUCGCCACUCACCUCGACCGCCACCCCACCUUCCGACGCUUCCGCAACGUCCGCCUCAUCUCCAAAGCCAACCUCGUCACCUAUCGCGGCCCCACCAUGGUCGCCAACACCCUCCACGCUGCCGCCAUCGCCCUCUCCGAUUCCCAUUACUGGGACUGGUUCAUCAACCUCAGCGCCUCCGAUUACCCCCUCGUUACCCAAGACGAUCUGCUGCACGCCUUGUCGCAUUUGCCACGCGAUCUUAAUUUCAUUGAUCAUACAAGUGACAUUGGGUGGAAAGAUCAUCAACGGGCAAGGCCUAUAAUUAUUGAUCCGGGGUUGUAUAUGACUAAGAAGCAAGAUGUGUUUUGGAUAACGCAGAGGAGAAGUAGACCAACGGCCUUCAAACUUUUCACAGGUUCGGCUUGGAUGGUACUAUCAAGAUCUUUCAUUGAUUACUGUAUUUGGGGAUGGGACAACCUACCUCGUACUGUUCUCAUGUACUACACAAAUUUCGUGUCUUCCCCUGAAGGGUACUUCCACACUGUCAUUUGUAAUGCUCAAGAGUUCAAGAACACAACUGUUAAUAGUGAUCUUCACUUCAUUUCUUGGGACAAUCCUCCCAGGCAACAUCCCCACUACCUUUCUCUCGAUGACAUGAACAGGAUGGUUGACAGCAACGUCCCCUUCGCAAGGAAGUUCCACGGCGAUGAUCCAGUAUUGGACAAAAUCGAUGCGGAGCUAUUAUCUAGAGGUCCUGGGAUGGUUGUUCCUGGUGGCUGGUGCAUAGGAAGCAGGGAGAAUGGGAGUGAUCCUUGUUCUGUAGUUGGUAACACUACUGUCCUGAGGCCUGGCCCAGGUUCUAAAAGGCUUAAAACUUUGAUCAAUUCAAUGUUGUCGGAUGAAAAUUUUCAACCAAAACAGUGUGUAUGA